UAUGUGAAUGUCUGUUGUACGAUCCAGCCAGUGAUUAUGAUGAUUACCUUUUAGCUGAAAUAAUAGAAUUUUGGGAAAUUGUAAAAUGCUUAAUUUUAUCAUUUCUUUUAUUUCUUCUGUGAAAAUGUGUGACAAGUUUAUGAUGAUGUUUUAAAUGCGUUAGACUUACCUCUGGCGCCAUAAGUAAGAGAACUGGUUAUGCCCGAAGCAUGCCAUCGACGUCGCGGUCGAGGGGCUCCGGGCGCGGGCCGGACGGCGCGCCACGGGCCCAAGUCAUAGCGCCCAUGUCGGAGCGGCAACAACUUGCGCUAGUGAUGCAGAUCUCAUCACAAGAUGCCCCUCCAGCCGCUCCGACCCCGGCCGAAGAAAGAAAGCGAACUAGGCAGCAGCGCAACGAGCGCGGUGAGACCCCCCUGCAUGUGGCAGCUAUCAGAGGUGACCACGACCAAGUGAAGAAGUUGCUCGACCAGGGACAAGAUCCCGAUGUGCCUGACUUUGCUGGGUGGACCCCACUUCAUGAAGCGUGCAGCUAUGGGUGGUAUCAAGUUGUAGUGGUACUUGUAAAUGGUGGUGCUAAUGUCAAUGCAAAGGGUUUAGAUGAUGAUACUCCUUUACAUGAUGCCACAACUUCUGGCAAUCUCAAAAUGGUAAAAUUACUCAUUGAACAUGGAGCCGAUCCAUUUGUCAAGAACACCAAGGGGAAAAUGCCAUCAGAUUAUGCUGCACCGCACAUCUUUGAAUAUCUGCAGUCUUUGAAAGAUAAUAACGCGAGAGCAACACACGUCAGUCGGGCAAGGGAUGACAGCGUCAAAAAAGGUUGCAAUGCCAGUGGUAACAGCGAUUGCAGUAAGCGGAACAACAUGGAGACCCUAGCCCAGGGGGAACAUUUCGAUGGCAAGGACGUCACCACACAGGAAAAAGGGGGUGCCGCCGAGACCAGAGACGAUGGUACACAGCUAAGUAGCGGGGUGGUAUCAUCGACUCAGGACGACUGCAACAAGAGGCAGCAUGAGGACACUGCAGAUAAUGAAACAACAGAAGAUGAUGUUUCAAAAAGGAAGAAACGAAAGGACAAUGACGAGAAGGAGCCGAUGGGAAAACCGGCUCCGGUAGCGCGCGGAGGUCCCGGACGCGUUCUCACAGGCGGUAAACCACCGGGGCCAGCAAGUAAAACUGGGGCUGUACCACUGGGUAAAAGUGGUGGCGGUCAAAAUGUGAGCAAGGGUGGCGCAGGGUCCUCCGGGAAAGGAAAUAUGCAGGCGCAGGGGAAGGGCGGCGGAGGUUCUAAAGCUAACUCACAAGGAUCACAUCAGGGCAAAUCUGGCGGAGGCAAGGGUGGCUCCUUGCAGCUAGGAAAACAGGACAGGAAGAGUCCAGUCGCUAGUCCCAAGCCUAAUCAAAACAAGGACAGCAAUGAUGGGGACGAUGAGCCAAAAGCGCACGAAGCAGCGCCCAAAGUGCCGCCGCUUAAGAUAGUUAUACCGGGCGGCGCGGGCGGCUCCGGGAACAGAAACGAACAAGAAGGCGAGGGUGGUACAGGUCAAAGGGGUAGUGGCAAGGGUCGCGGCAACUCAUCCACGCUGCCUUACGUCAUACCUUGUACGAGUACCGACACGGGCCAGACUUCCGAUAGCUCUGACGGUACAUCCGAUGACAAGAGGGGGGAAGGAGGAAAGGCUGGACAGAGAGUCCUCCGUUCUCAUAGGACGAAUGACGGGGAUAAAGAUAAGGAGAGGACGUCCCCUCAGACAGGGAAUGACAGCCGCUCCGGGGCGGGACAAGCUCAAGCUAACUUGAAUUCCAAUAAAAGUCCUACACCUUCGGGCUCUGGCCAAGAUCACGACCACACAGUAUCUUCUUCAAAUUCUGGAAGAUCUGAAGCUAAUGCAGGUCACGUGGAGCUGCAUCCAAGAAAAAGAAAAAUUAAAGCUUCAAAAGAUGGACAUUCUCGCGAUCAAUCAAAGAAUGAACCGACCCACGAAUCAGCUGCAAGCCAUAAUAUAACACAUUCGAACCCUUAUCAAAUGUACAUUCAUAUAAGAAAGCAGAUUGAUCGUCGCCAAAGAAGCUUAUUUCCCGUAAAACCCAAACCUCCAAAAGAUUUUAAUAAAUAUUUAAUGAAUCGCUGCACCUACACACUUCAGGGUAAUGUGAACCCUGAUCCUCAGGUGGAAAUACCACAUAACCUACCCACCCAAAUGAUAAAUGAAUUCAUGGCUCAAGAAAAAGAAAGAACAAGAUUACGGAUACAACAUCUGGUAGAAAAAGAGAAGCUUGUGUUGGCCGUCGAACAAGAGAUAUUACGCGUUCACGGGCGCGCCGAACGCGCUGUAGCUAACCAGUCUCUUCCUUUCUCUGUGUGCACGAUACUUCGAGACAAAGAAGUCUACAAUGUAUUGGCCCCAGAGCAGGAAGAGAAACGCAACGCGCAGCGCUCCCGGUGUAACGGAAGACAAAUUAACUCUUGGCUUCAAGAAGUCGACGAUAAAUGGGAAAAGAUCAAGGAAGGAAUGCUUCGGCGUCAACACACAGAGGCCCAAACUCUACACGCCGUGCAAAUAAUGGGAUGGGAAUGGAAACUAAAAGAGUGCGGCAUUUGUGAUUACAAAACAACGCCCAAAAUUGAUCCGGUACACGUGCCUCAAAUUCACGUGUCGAAUUUUGACUUGCCCGCUUGAAUUUAAGUUCAUAUUGCCUGUGUUCAUGUCACGCCGUCACGAUCAUCGUGAUGGCAUAAAUAUUAGUAUGUAGUUAAGUUUUUAAUCAUCUACUAAAAUUAUAACAUCGAUUGGUAAUAAGAAUCAAGCGGAGCUACAAAAUUGGAUUUUAAAUCUCGAAAUUUAUCAACAUUAUUGUUGAACCUUCUAUUCUCCCGCGCACCACUUUCGAUAACUUGUUAUUUAUUACUUCACUUACUUGACCAUCUACAAUUUAUUAUAGGUACACAUGAAUAACUUGUUAGCGAAAGAUGGACGAAGAUCUAAAUUUUUAUUUUUUAAGGCUAUCGCGAGGACAAAAACAUUUUUAUUAUAAAUAUUUUUUUUAUUGUCCUUGCCCCUAAAAUAUUGACGCGUGCUAAUACAUGCACAGAGUCUCUGGAGAAAUCAAAUGCUAGGCGAGUCAGUCUGCAUUCGGUAAUGGUGGGCUGUGCGUGUAAGAGUACCUUGACAUAUUGACAACAUUUGACAUGUAACUAAUUGUAAGUUUAUUUGUAUUAUUAUAUAAUUAGGUUUAUAUUCGUUGUAUUAAUUAAUGACGUGUUUGUAAAAUUAUGUUAUUAUAUGUUUUUGAUAAGGUAUAUUUACCUUGACUAAUGUAAAAAAAAAUCUGUCACCAUUAAUGAUUACGUGGGCGGGUAAUACAAUUUAAAUUUAAUGCUACUCUUAAGAUAUUCAUCUGCAGGAUAUCCACUGCUGACCUCAGGGCCUACCCCAUUUGAUUUCCAAAAGCAGGCAAAAAUCUUUCAGCUUUUGCCAGACCGUAGUCUGCACUUGAGAAUGUUUGGGUACCAUUGGUACUUGAUGGCUAUAUCGGCUCCACCUUAGUAUCGUGAAUUCACAGCACGAGUAGAGUCGUGUAUAGUUAAUGCUAUGUCAUUACGGGUAAGAAAUACUGAUUGAUGGUUUUCGUCUCAAGGCCCAGCCUAGUUACACAAUGUGUCUUAAACUUCAAGAAGCGAUACAUUUAAAGUUACGACCUUUUUAUUCUCCACGUAAGUUUCUCUUAUUGGAGUCGCACUGUCAUUUACUCUACACACUACACUAACGUCAUCUCGACAUCAUGUCCCGAUUAUUUAUAUAUGUUAUAGGCAAUGUAUACAAUGCCGGAUUAUACAAAUUGCCUAUAACAUAUAUGCGAACAAAUCUCAAAAGUUUAAAGAACUGAGCUCUUAACUCAUAACAGAAUGAGCCUAGUUAUUGUUAUCCACUUACAUCUGGAGACCAUCAUAUUCAGCUGCUUCAGGGCCAUUAUGGAUUUCUGGGUAUCUUAGGGGUAGUGUAAGUCCGCGACCCCAUGUCCGCCGUGUUCGCCAUCCAUUGCCCAUUCAGUUGAUAUUUCGCUGUCGAUGCGCUCUCACGCGCUGACUGAAUGGUCAAUGGAUGGCGAACCGUUGGCGGCACCGUGCUGCGGCGCGGCGCCGUGGACAUGGGGCCGCGGCCUAUGGUCAGCUUAUCUAUUGGAUCUUUAGCAGAGCAGGCACUGCAGUAGCGGGGGGGGGGGUAUUUCUAUGCAUAUCUUACUUUUUGACUUUGCUUUGUUAAUUUACAGUGGUUUUAAUUUAUUUUGUGUCCUUAGACUGAAAAAUUUUCGCACUCGCUGCAUUAUAUAUGGAAUAUGUCUUAUGCAGGGACUUUUUCAACGGAAACCCACCAAAAAAGUUGACGCUAUCAACAUCUUUUACUGAACUAGAUAUCUUUUCUGAGAGACAACGGCAAAUUUUUGUUAUUAUUUUGAGUUAAAUAGGCUUUGCAUUUUUUACAAUUUAGAAUAGUUUUGGUUUAAGUAAUGAACGUUUGGACUAAAGUUUUGGCCAUCAAAUGAGUGCAUAGGCUGUGAAUUGUGUGCAGUAAAGUGAGUAGCUUAAAAUUAAAUACCUACCUACUCAAAAUAUUUAUUGACCAUGGGUAAUUCCCGGAAUAAAAAGACACCUAAUAAGCGUAAAUCGCCUAAUAAAAAAAUUUGCCGAAGAACGUCCAGCCAGAAAAACGUGCCGAAAUCUGAGACUAAGAAGCCAGUAACACCUAAGCCCAAUGGAAGCAUAGCAAUGUCUGAACAGUUAAUGUUAAAAAAGCGAAAUGCGAACACCAGAGCUACGCUCAUCCAGAUUAAGUGAAAAGUGUUGUGUGAAUCGCAGGCCUAAGGCUCUAGACAGAUGGACUGCAUUUCAACUGCAAUCCAACUGCAAAUUGCAGUUCAAGGGCAGUUUGAAUGCAGUUGACACGACUGCAAUAGACCUGCAAAUCAAACGUGCAGUGCGAUUGCAUUUGGCGUGCUGUGUCUAGAGCCUUACCCAUCAUUAGCUGAGCUGAAAAGAAUGUAUGCAGAUUCAGAUGAAGACGACGAAUCUCCAAAAACUCCUUCACAACCACCUAAAAAAGAAGAAAACCUAUUAUCACUUAACAAUUAGCAAAAUAUCUCAACGACUUAGGGUUUGAUAGAAAGCACUGAUCCCACUGAACUAUUGCAGGAAGUUGCACCGUUACUUGAGGGACCUCCACCACCUGUAAUUUCAGUUAAAAAGAAGAAAAAGUCUGGCAUUCCAUACAUUGCUGGUUGCAAGGAUCGUCUACAAGUAAUAAGAAAGCCAUCAGUUAAUUUCUGUAAAGGUGAUGAAAAAUAUGGAGUGAAUUCUUCAGAUAACGAGGAAUCACAUGAACCUCCCAAAAACGAGCUAAACCUUCAAGGAUACCUAACUAUUCAAAAUCUAUAUUUAAUGCUAAAAGUGAUGAAAUUGCAGAAAGACUUGUAAAAGAAGAUGGGGAACAUCUUAGUGAUACUAGUGUAGAUAGUAAUAAAACUGUAGAGUAUGAUCCAACACCCUACCAGAACUCCAAAGAUGUGGAUGAAACAAUAAAAAUUAAAGAUGUGGAUGAAUUAAAAAGGUACCCCAGUCUUUAGUCAUGUAGAUAAAGAUGAAAAUAUUAUUGAUAUGUCAUAUGAAACCAUUGUAAUUGAUGAUUCUGUAGAAGUCAAACCUAGAAAUAAAAUUGAAAACACCACUAGUCCUACUGAUGAGACUGUGGUUGCAAGUAUUGAACCAAUAAACCUAGAGGAUGUUAAACCAAAACAAAUUGUUGAAAUACAAAGUGUACCUGAUAAUAAUGAUGAAGACUGCAUAAUACACUCUUUUGCAAAAAAAGCGGGCACCUAUGCAAAAUCUUGGUUUAAAGGUCUUUACGUGUAUUUCAAGGGGUUUUAAUUAUUGUAGUGUGUUACUAGCAUCAAAAGGGUUAGCCAAGCAUGCGUGAGAGUGUAUUCUAAAUUUGAAUUUUGUAGAAUUGCUAAGAAACUGGUUGAACCUAUAUGUCUUAAAGCAUAUGAAAGAACAUGCAAAAACCUCUUAAAAUUUCGCGAGCGAAGCAAGCGCGAAAACUUUUAAGUCUAAGGACACAAAAUAAAUAAAAACCACUGUAAAUCAACAAGUUAGAAGUCGUGGUGGCCUAUGGUACUCGAGAGUAUGCCCGACAAAUCGUGCCGCCCGGGGCAUUUGCCCCCCCCCUCCCGUCCUACGCUACGCUAGUGCUACUGCAUGUCACCGUUGAACGACAUUUUAUAGGUACUAGGCACCAGUACAGUACCUAUACUCGUUGGGUUGUAUAUAGGAAUGGGCCUAUUUUAAGUUUUUUAGGAAUCUUGUACUUUAGAAAUCACUUGCAUUGUUUAUAUGCAACAAAAGAAGUUAAUAAUUUGUAACUAGUGUAAUUAAUAAUUUUCAAGAGAAAAUAUUUAUUAGUGGAUUUGGGGAUUCCCGUUCCAUUUAGUUAAAUCGCUACAUUAUAAACAUUACAAUACUUCGCCUUUUUCACCAUAUUUAUAUAAAUUCAAUAUAAGAAUUUCUAUCUUUUUCAAUGAUAUAAUUUUUAUAAUAAUUUUGUAUUCAAAUAUUAUCAUUUGACUGUAUGUUAAUUUGACAAACGCAUUUCAAUUGACAUUAAAAUAUGACUCCAAUCAGAUCUCAAUUUCAAAA